UCCCUCCCUCUGUCCCUCUGCUGUGUGGCUCCUCUGCUCUACUAUAGCUGUGGCAUUUUAAACUCUGAGCUCAAUGUGAUCACUAUAGCGGCACGUUUACCUCACACCAGCCUAUUCGUGUCUACUGCUACCGCUUCUUACGCACACGAGGAUCAAGGAUACGGCGUAAAGGAGACAGGGGCCGGUUUACACAUGUGCAGAACAUUUAGUACCCUGGAUCUCAGUGAACUCACGCGCGCUACGAGCGCACGAGGAGCCGGUUCCACACACAUCUCCGGGACGAUUGAACACUGAGAAUUAAACACAAUUCUAAAAGUGAAAUAUCAAGUCAGUGAAGAUGACGACUGACCAGGAUUUGCCCUUGGAUAGUCAGACUUUACCGGCAACAUUUGUCUCAAAGGGCAUCGAUAUAACACCGAAGAAAGACCAAGGACUUAUCAAGGUUGUGAAGCGCCAGGGACAGAAUGGCGAGCGCCCUAUGAUCGGAGACAAAGUAACUGUACAUUACACAGGGAAGUUACUCACCGGGAAAACCUUUGACAGCAGCCGAGAGCGCAAAGAGUCUUUUAGCUUCAAUGUGGGAAAAGGCCAAGUGCUGAAGGCGUGGGAUAUUGGUGUGUUGUCUAUGCAGAGAGGAGAGGUGUCCAUGUUGUUGUGUAAGCCUGAAUACGCCUAUGGAUGUGCUGGGAAUCCGGAAAAGAUCCCUCCCAACUCCACUGUCAUUUUUGAGAUGGAGCUGCUGAACUUUGAGGGUGAGUUGUUGACAGACGACGGGGGCAUCAUGAGAAGAAUCAAGGUCAAAGGGGACGGCUUCCUAAGUCCAAACGAUGGAGCAACUGUUCAUGUGCACCUGGAGGGGAGAUGCAACGGUCAGCUGUUUGACUGCAGAGACGUGACCUUCAGUGUUGGGGAGGGAGAGGAUAAAGGCAUCCCUCUGGGCGUGGACCGAGCCAUGGACAAGAUGCAGAAAGGAGAGUGCUGCGUUCUACACUUACAACCAAAGUAUGGCUUUGGAAGUGAAGGUCAACCAGAGUUUAAAAUUGAACCAGACAAAGAGCUUGAGUAUGAAGUUACAUUAAAAGAUUUUCAAAGAGCUAAAGAAUCCUGGGAGAUGGAUUUAAAAGAGAAGUUGGAUCUUGCUCCUGGUGUGAAGCAUAAAGGGAAUCAAUAUUUCAAGGCAGGGCAUUACCACCAGGCAGUCGUUCAGUACCAGCGGAUCAUCUCAUGGCUGGAGAUGGAGUGUGGAAGUGGCAUUGAACAGCACAAAAGGAUAAAGGAGUUUCUGGUUAUGGCGCACCUCAAUUUAGCAAUGUGUUUCCUGAAAGUGAAAGAAUUUUCUCAAGUCAUCGAGAACUGCAACAAGGUCAUAGAAAUAGAUGAAACUAAUGAAAAGGCUUGGUAUCGGCGAGGAGAGGCCCGACUUCUGCGUAAUGAGUUCAGUUUGGCGAUGGCGGACUUCCAGAGGGUCCUUCAAGUGAGUCCUCAAAACCGAGCGGCGCGGUCACAGAUCUCCAUCUGCCAGGGAAAGAUCCGAGAGCACGACGAGCAGGACAAGAGGACAUACGCAAACAUGUUCCAGAAGUUUGCAGAACGGGACGCCAAGGUUAAUGUCAGGCCAAAAAGGCGGAGGGAUGAUGGCCUCAGAAACUGCAUGAAUGGUGAAGUCUGUAGCAAACGACGGCGAUCACGGAGUGCGUCUCAGGAGUGAACCUCUUAUAUAAAGACCAUUGAACUAAAGGGAGUUUGAACUGUCAUCCCUUUUGCUUUCCCAAAAUCCUUGGAGCAAAGACAGAAAGUUUAGCCUCAAAAUCCAAACUUAUUUCUCCCAUAUCCGGCGGACCACUCCUGCAAGACCUUCCAGAGCGACAAGGAAAGAAGAACUGAUAAGAAAAGAUUUGUAUUUUUUCUUAUUUUGUUUUGGAUUAUGCUGUCAUUUGCAGACUCAAACAGAUCGGUUUGUACAUUUGUUUUUUCGGGAGCAGCUGCAUGCACCCAUUUCGGUGUUUUCGGAACUCUGACUUGAAAUUUUGUUGAUGUGCAAUAUAAAAAAUAAAGUGUAAUAAGUCGCAUCAAAGUUGUCAAAAUACAGCUAGAAGAAGCAACUUUACAGUAUCAAAAUAUACAGAUCAGAUUUGACUUUAGGAUCAUUGAUGGUGAAUAACACACAUCAAGAACAUAGGUUAAAUGUAUUGUGCAACACAUAAUCGGUCUGGCAAUCUAGCGGUGAACCAAUGUGACAGGCCGUUCAUGGUUUUGUUUCUCUGUUUAUGUGGAUACUUAAAUCUGUUGAUUUACAGAACAGAACCUGGGUCUGUUAGAAAUGGAAUGAAAUCUGACUACACACAUCAUUGUGCUGCAGGCACUAUGUAACAUUUCUGGUUGGGAUCUGCCACCUGAUUGUCUCCAUGGAGAUGUGAUUUCGUGGCCUGGAAUGUUUCACAAUAUGUCAUUAAACGUGUAUACAGCUCAGUAAUUAUUUAGGGUGAGGUAAGGGUGUUUCUAGUAGUACUGCUCAAAAAUACCUUGAAAAACAUUCAUUCUUACUGUGAGGGCUUCACCUCACCACAAAUCUCACAUAUUACUUGACCUGGUGGCCAAUUGCCAUACUCUGGAACAUUCUUGGCUGAGCAAUAACAUCCCAGUGGAAAUAAUUAGAUGGCAGACCCUGCUCCCAAAAAGUUACACAUUGCACCUUUAAUUGGUCAUCUCUUGGUGUAGAUUUCAGUGUCAAACAACGUACUUUAAUAUGAACAGUAAAAGUUUAUGUGAAGAAAGUGCCCAUGCAGGAUCUAUCUAAGAAGCAGCACACAUUGCAGAUGUUUAUCUACACAUAUGUAAACAUCUGUUUGUUGCUGAUUUCCUUGUUGAUAAAGUUUUAUUUAUUGGCAAUUGGACCAUAGUCAGACACUAAAUAUGUUUUUUAUCCAUCAUAUUUGUUGUGUCUAUUAUGAACUGAAUCAUUUUGAAUAAGAUACCAGUAGGUGAGUUUACUGAGAUACCUGCUUUGUAUCUUUGACUGGACUGCCUUUAAGAGUAGGGAAUUUGUAUAAAUUGAUUUGCAAAUUGGUGGCAGCUUAAAAGAACAUUACUUUGCCCAAAGCCUGUAUAAAUAACAUCAGGAAGGGCAUCUGAUGUAAAGCCUUUGCCAAAUCAGUAAAUGAAAAGCAUUUCUUUCAGUUAUUAUACCUAAUUGAAAAGGCAGAAAAACAGAAAUAGCAUUUAAGAUUUCUUCAUCAAACCUCAAAUAUUUGGCACUGACCAUUAUGUUCACACUGUCCAUGUACAGUAUGUAAGAUGUAGAUAAUCUUAAGCUUUAAACUCCGUUAUCUCUUGAUACAUUUCACAGCUAAAUGCUUUGUUUUACAAUUUUCUUGCCUUCAGACCUAAGCAUCCUGUGCAUCUACUCUUUAUGGUGUGAAUGUUUUUUUGAUGGUUGACAAUGAUGCACUUUGGUGAGGGUGAAAUCAACACUGUUUUCGAUUUAUAAAUGUCCAGAUAUGAUCUGGACUAUUGUAGACUUGAGAUCGGUUCAAAAUGAAACCUCAGCUGUCUUAAAUAUCUUGUGUACAAUGACUGUAUGUAUGUAUGUGUGUUAAUAUAUAUUGUUGUAUGUUAGCAAGGUUUUUUAAAAUAGCUUGUGGCUUGAUGUUUUCAAGUAUUUCUGGCUCUCAACAUUCAAUAUUUUGUACAGUAGAAAGAGCAUGAAGUACUUUUUCUAGUUAGUUGCACUGAAGGACAUACAGGAUAUCUAUUCCCCUUUGACGCUGCACUCAUCCAUUUGAAAACAACUUUGUGCAAAUAACAGGAAAUAUUUGGACAAAUCACAACGUUUAAUGCAGUGGAGGCCGAUAUGAGAUUAGAGAGCACUGCAGUGCCCAAAAUGUACCAAAAUGUUUACAACAAUCCAAACUCUCCUUCC